CUGCGCAUACAACCAGUACAAUACGAAAAUCAAUAAUUUGGCGGCUGCGCAUACAACGAGUACAAUACGAAAAUCAAUAAUUUGGCGGCGGCGCAUGUUAUGAUAAAGUUAUAAAAUAAAUAAACUGAACAAUGUGGGCAUUUUAAGUUUUUCGCGAUUUUUCCGAAUCUUAUUAAGUCAUUCGUUAUUCGCAUUUUUUACCUGCAAAUAUGCCUAAGUGCUCAGCUAAAUGUGGAAAUAAAGCAAUUUUGAAGCGACCCAAAACCGGCGAUGCCUUGUGUAAAGAAUGCUUUUUUGAUGCAUUCGAAACUGAGAUUCAUUAUACGAUAACAAAAUGUACAUUAUUUAAACCGAACAUGACUGUGGCGAUUGCCGCAUCUGGUGGCAAGGAUUCAACAGUUCUAGCUUAUGUUUUAAAACUUUUAAACAAAAAAUAUAAUUAUGGUUUAAAACUAGUACUUCUUUCAAUCGAUGAAGGAAUCACAGGAUAUCGUGACGACAGUUUAAAUACCGUUAAGCAGAAUCGAGAUGAUUAUGAAAUGCCUCUGAAAAUAUUGUCCUAUAAAGACUUGUAUGGUUGGACAAUGGAUGAAAUAGUGGAAAAAGUAGGACGAAAAAAUAACUGCACUUUCUGUGGUGUAUUUCGUAGACAAGCUCUAGAUAGAGGAGCAGCCUUAUUAAAGGUAGAUUGCAUAGCAACUGGUCAUAAUGCUGAUGAUAUAGCAGAAACGGUAUUAAUGAACGUUUUAAGGGGAGAUCUGGCAAGAUUAAAAAGAUGCACAGCAAUAAUAACGGGAAAUGGAAGUGGAGAUGGGAUCCCAAGGGUGAAACCUUUAAAAUAUACCUUUGAAAAAGAAAUAGUCAUGUAUGCUUACUUUAGAAAGUUAUUAUACUUUUCCACAGAGUGUGUUUUUGCCCCUAAUGCUUAUCGAGGACAUGCCAGAAUGUUACUUAAGGAUUUAGAAAAAAUAGACCCUACUAUAAUAAUGAACAUAAUUUAUUCAGGUGAGAGCAUAAGGGUAAGUGAAAAUACUUCACUUCCCAGUUUAACCAAUUGUACCAACUGUGGCUAUGUGUCUUCACAACAACUAUGUAAAGCUUGUGUAUUAUUAGAAGGAUUAAAUAGGGGACUACCAAGAUUAGGAAUUGGGAAGUCUUCACGAGUUAAACAAAUUUUAACAGAAGAAAAGUAUAAUAAUUUAAAUAGUAAUAGUUGUGUAGAAGCUAAGAAUUGUUUGUGUAAAAAUUUAAAAGAUAAUAGUGUUAAUUUGAAAUAAAAAUCUGUUUUUUUA